AUGAGCCUCCUCAGCACCAGGCGGGACGGCUUCGCCACCGCCCUGUCCAUGUCCAAGGACGGCCCCUCCGCCUACGCCCUGGAGGUCAACCAGGCCCUCCUGAAGGAGGACGACGACCUGCUGCGCCAGACCUUCCUGUCUGUCUUCCGCCACCACCACCCCCAGCUGGCCAACAAGGUGGAUGUCAUCUUUGCGCUCUCCCAGGCGUGGUGCAUGUCUGAGAGCGACGACGACUUCGACAUGCUGGUCAAGAGGCUGGAGACCCUGAAGCCCGACGAGCACAUCCUGGUGGCCAGCGCCUUCUCGCAGCUCCUCAACCUGCACAACCUGACCGAGGAGAUCGUGACGGCGCGUGUGGAGAAGGCGGCGCGCCUGGGCGAGGUGGAGCAGAGCACGCGGUCCACCAACAAGUCGCUGGAGCGCCUUGUGAACGAGCUCGGACAGAACCCGGAGGACAUCUUCAAGGCGCUGUGCCGCCAGCGCGUGGACAUCGUGUUCACGGCCCACCCCACCCAGGCCAUCCGCCAGUCGCUGCUGAAGAAGUACCAGAAGAUCCGGAGCGAGAUGGACGCACUGCACAACACGCGCAUGACGCCCUACGAGCGGCUGGAGUGCCUGGACGAGAUCAAGUCCCAGAUCCAGGCCGCCUGGCGCACCGACGAGAUCCGGCGCAAGAAGCCCACGCCCCAGGACGAGUCGCGCCAGGGGCUGAGCUACUUCCACGACACCAUCUUCCACGGCCUGCCCGUGUUCCUGCGCCGCAUCGACACCGCACUGAAGAACAUCGGGCAGCCCAUGCUGCCCCUGGACACGAAGCUCUUCAACUUUGGCGCUUGGAUGGGCGGUGACCGCGAUGGCAACCCCUUCGUCACCGCCGCCACCACACGCGACGUGGUCCUGGGCGCGCGCCUGUCGGCCACCAUGCUGCUCCAGAGCCAGAUCAGCCGGCUGGUAUACGAGUUGUCAGUCUGGCGUGCCAGCGACGAGCUGACCGCCGCUGCCGCCCGGAUCCUGGAGGCGCGCAAGGAUGGCCUGUACGCGCACACCACGCGCGAGUCGUAUGAGACUGAGUUCGGGUCGGUGCGCGAACCCUUCCGCGUGGUGCUGUCGGAGAUCCGGGAGCGUCUGAACAGCACCAGCACCACGCUGCGCUACCUCAUGUCGCACCCGCACCUGAACGUGAAGGAGACGCUGGACAACGACCCGGGCGCGUACUCCGACGCGGAGGCCAUCAUCACCCCCCUCAUGCUCUGCUACGACUCGCUGGUGGCCACGGGGGACAGCACCAUUGCCUUCAGCGAGCUGACCGACGUCAUCCGUCAGGCCCAGACCUUUGGCCUGCACCUCUGCCAGCUGGACAUCCGGCAGGAGAGCACGAAGCACGCCGAGGCCAUCGACGCCAUCACCACCUACCUGGGCCUGGGCUCCUUCAAUGCCUGGGACGAGGCCCAGCGCACCGCCUUCUUACUGAAGGAGCUGGAGGAGCGGAGGCCGCUCCUCCCCGCCGACCUGCCCAUGAGCGAGGAGGUGGCCGACGUCAUCGGCACCUUCAAGAUGCUGGCCACCCUGCCCUCCGACUCCCUGGGCGCCUACAUCAUCUCCAUGGCGCACACCGCCUCCGACGUCCUGGCGGUGCUCCUCCUCCAGAAGGAGUGCGGCAUCCGGGAGACGCUGCGCGUGGUCCCCCUGUUUGAGACCCUGGACGACCUGGAGUACGCCGAGACCGCCAUGGAGCAGCUGUUCGGCAACGCCUGGUACCAUGCACACAUCGCGGGCGCGCAGGAGUGCAUGAUCGGCUACUCCGACUCGGGCAAGGACGCGGGGCGCCUGGCCGCCGCCUGGGGCCUGUACGAGGUGCAGGAGCGCCUGGCAGCCGUGGCCGCCAAGUAUGACGUCCACCUCACCCUCUUCCACGGCCGCGGCGGGACCGUGGGACGCGGCGGCGGCCCCGCCCACCUCGCCAUCCUCUCCCAGCCGCCCAAGACCAUCAGCGGCACCCUCCGCGUCACCGUGCAGGGCGAGGUGAUGGAGCAGCAGUUUGGAGAAAAGGAGAUUGCCUUCCGCACCAUGGACCUGUACACCUCGGCGGUGCUGGAGGCAACGCUGGCGCCCAUGGAGGAGCCGCAGGCGGUGUGGCGCGAGGCGAUGCGCGAGAUGUCGCGCACCUCCUGCGAGGCCUACCGCGCGGUCGUCCGCCACGACCCGCGCUUCAUCGAGUACUUCCAGACCCUGACCCCUGUGAAUGAGCUGGGGCGCAUGAACAUCGGGUCGCGCCCCGCCAAGCGCAAGGCCCACGGCUCCAUCGACACCCUGCGUGCCAUCCCCUGGAUCUUUGCCUGGACCCAGAUCCGGUUCCACCUCCCCGUCUGGCUGGGCAUGGGCCAGGCCCUGCGCGCCAUGAUCGACGCGGGCAAGCUGGAGCUGCUCCAGGACAUGUACCAGAACUGGAUGUUCUUCCGCGUCACCCUGGACAUGCUAGAGAUGGUGUUCGCCAAGGCCGACCCCCGCGUGGUCACCAUGUACCAGCGCCAGCUGGUGGACGCCGGGCUGCACGCCCUGGGCGACGAGCUCCUCCGCACCUUCUACGAGGCCGAGGAGCUGGUGCUCAAGGUGAUGAAGCACAAGGGCCUGCUGUCCAGCUCCAGCACCGCCUUCCUGCAGCAGAAGCUGCAGCUGCGCGCGCCCUACGUCGCGCCGCUGAACAUCCUCCAGGUCUACUGCCUGAAGACCAUCCGCGACAUCGAGGCGGGGAAGGAGGUGGAUGAGUCGGGCUACAACCCCGUCCCCGCCGCCGUGGCGCUGAUGAGCCGCGACCCGGAGAAGACGCCCUUCGUGGGCGCCGUGGAGGACACCCUGUGA